AUGAUAUUUGGUAAUUGGCUUGCAAUAAAUGUUUUUUUUAAUUAUAUUAUGGCAUGGUUAUCUUCACCUGGUCUAGCUAAAGAUUAUCAAAAUUUAGCAACACAAUAUCAAGAUAUAUUCUUUUGGUGUGAUGCAUGUAUUUUAAAAUUUGACCAUCAUUGUCCAUGGCUCAAUAAUUGUGUUGGCUUUUAUAAUCAUCGACAUUUCUUCCAAUUUAGUAGUUUUCUAGCUAUUGCAUGCAUAUAUGUUGGUACUGUUGGUUAUCGUGAAUAUCAAAUUAGUCUACUUGGAGAACAAACAUUCUAUUAUAAAGAUUCACUUUUUAAACCAUUUGAUAUUCUCGAAACAAUGGGAACAAUUGGCUUUAUAAUAUAUUAUAUAUUUAUUGCUACGUUAACAUGUGGCAUUUUAAUAAUUGGCCUUCUUUGUUGGCAUGGACGAAUGAUAGGUCGUGGUGAGACAUCACUUGAACGUAUACUUAAUGUCUAUUAUACUAAGCAAUGUUAUAUGCAAGGUUUUAUUUUUGUUAAUCCUUAUGAUUUUGGUUUCAUAGAAAAUUGGAAACGAUUUUUUGGUGUCCGUACCAUAGGUGAAUUUAUUCGACGAGUUCUUUUGCCAAGUACACAUAGACCAGAAGGUGAUGGAAUAACAUGGGAUGGUUAUAAUGUUAAUACUAAUUUAGAAUUACAUCAACAGCAAUCUCGACAAACAACACAACCUAUUGCUUUUCCUCCUGGUAUUCAUCCAAAACCUCCUGGCGUUCAUCCAACCAAUGGGUAUCGAUUUCUUGCACCACCGUGGGAAAAGCGAAACAAACCAGCUCAUAUUUCGACUGUUUACCAACCGAAAACACCACCAAUAGAAACAGUAGAUUCAAGGAAAAAUCGUUAG